CUCCCAGCUGCUUAGCGCGUCGACUGAACCCGGCCAUUUCUCGACCGUUCCGUCUUCAAGCGAGACUACGGGCUGCGAGUGUCCGCGAGAACCAGCCCCCGCUCGAGACACGUGGCUUCUGGUGCGGGAGUCCGCUGCGAGCACCUAUACCCAGUCCGAACGGCGGCAGACCAACACUCGCUCAAGACAAAAGUCCUCAUGACGACGAUGCCGCUUCACCCAAUCCCAAUCGCAGCUCAGGCACAACCGGUUUCACAAAUUCGCCAGCGCUGGACGCUGCUCUGACUGCUUUCAUGGGUAUUGGAAUCGCUUUUGUCGGGGGCAUCAUUUAUUACGCGUGGUACAAGAAAAAUGUCCUGGAUAAGAUAGAACAUGCUUUUGCGCCUGGCUACGACCCCGCCCUGGAACUUGCGACACAUCACAAAAAGACCAACAAUUCCACCGUCUCUGCGGCCAUCGAGGAUCUCGAGCUCGAGGACGGUCCCUGGACAGAGCAUCUACGGCGAAAGGAGCAGGACAUAUUAGACCGCAUCAUUCACGGUGCUGAGACCGGCCAUUACUUUAUGCUUCUAGGUUGCAAGGGCGCGGGAAAGACAACGAUGAUCCUUGACUCUAUGCAGGCCAAUCAGGCGGAGGGUGUUGCAAUGUGCGAUGCCCAUCCCGAUCUAGAAGUGUUCCGUCUACGUCUGGGCAAGGCUUUGAACUACGAGUACAACGAGGACUCUCAGACAGGUCUUUUCCAACGGCGAGAUCCCAGAGAAGGUGGACCAGGCCUUGAUAUCGAGCGAGUGAUGAACAAGCUCGAGAAGGUUGCUCUUCGCUCUGCUAAGCGGACAGGCAGGCCUCUCGUCCUCGUGAUAAAUAAUGUACAUUAUUUCAAGAAUGAUGACGGUGGGCAAAACAUGCUUAUGCAACUUCAACAAAGAGCUGAAGCCUGGGCCGCUAGCGGCAUCAUGACCCUCGUUUUCAGCUCUGAUGACUUUUGGCCGUUCUUCGUUCUGCGUGAGAACGCCAGUCGGAUGCAUGUAUUGACCAUCUAUGACCUUAACACUGCCGAAGCGCGGAGCGCUUGUUCGAGAAUGCGGUACUACACGAAGCUGCCGGCACCUCCUCACGAAACACUGAACGAGGCGAUCGCAAUUGUAGGCGGACGGCUAUCGUAUCUCAACCGGAUCGCGAGAGCGCGAGACAUCGUGGAGAUGGCGCGGCACAUGCUGUUGGUCGAAAAGGGAUGGCUGCUCAGCCAGAUUGGGCUCAUCGAGGACUGCGACGAUGAUGUGAUGGACGAGCAAAAAUGGAGCUCCUGCUCGUGGUUGCUAUUACGAGAAUUCGUGAAGCAGAGACAGGAGGAAGAAGAGAAACGGAAGAUCGCGAUCGCGUCUGGUAUACUGUCGCCGGAUGAUUUAUACGAUUUACCAUUGCCUGCGAUCCCUUACUGGAAGUGUCGGCAGAUCAUGACCCGUGCAGACUUCUUGGAAGAGCUGGACAGGAAAAACAUCAUCUCCAUAGAUAUCAACCACGAUGUCCGCCCCGACUCGAUGCUGAUCUUACAAGCCGCACGAGAAGUCGUGGAGAGCGACGGGUUCGACGACAGACUCAACAACGUCCGCGACCGUAUAGACGAGAUCGAAAGCCUUCAUCGGACGAGGGAGUUGACGUUCAAGGACUUGGACAAAGGGGAUCGCAUCCGCCUGAUGGUCGACAAGGGUGGUGUUCACUUGAUCGAGGACUAGAUAUCAUUUAUCACAGGAAUUUAUUACAUUGGACAU